ACCAAGAAGAAGCUACACGUAACUUUACGUAAGUGACGUCAUUCAAGAUGGCAGCGCUGGCGUCCUUGAUGCUCAGGUCCAGAGCAGGUUUGCUGUCACCUGGUCGCUCGGCUCUCCUGGACUCUGUGAGGUUUGCGUCGAAGAAGUCUGGAGGGAGCAGCAAGAACGUCGGAGGAAAGAGCGCCGGCAGGAGAUAUGGCUUCAAGAAACAGGACGGAAACUUCGUCCAUGCAGGAAACAUCCUGGCUACUCAGAGGCUGAUGAGGUAUCAGCCGGGCGCUCAUGUGGGGAUGGGGACCAAUAAGACGCUGUACGCUCUGGAGGACGGUUACGUCCGGUUCACAAAGGAGGUCUACAUCCCGGCACCACGCAGCCCCGAGUCCACGCAGAUCAUCACCAAGCUGCCCAAAGGAGCCGUGCUCUACAAGACCUUCAUCAACGUCCUGCCGGUCAAACAGGAGGGCAAGUUCAAACUGGUGGACAUGGUGUAAACCUGACCGGACUCGUUAUCCUCCCACGUGUUCCAGAAGUGGGCGGGAUCAGGAAGAAUUCUCUUUGACUGACAGCUGGGGGACACACUUUGAUUUGGAGUGUUUUCUCUUAGAGGUUACUUUUCAGCCAUUACAGAUCGUUUCACUUUUGCCACCUGAAGAAAAUCAACUGGACUUUUUUGUCGUUUAUUUAUACGUGGAAUGAAAUCCCCGAGCUUUCCUUUAAAUGGUCGUCACGGUCAGAGACGAGGUGAGAAGUGUGUCUGCUCGUACAUCCUUAAAGAACAGACGUAACGAGAAUAUGUGCUGUACGUUCUGUAUUAAAGUUUUAUACAUAAAAAUCUGAAGAAA